CAAUCUACCCGUUGUCUAUCAACCUUGGCAUACACAACAAACGUAUCAAUACACAACGCACAACAAUCAACACAACCAAAAGGCUGUUGAUGUUCGUGUGGGAAGGACGUGUUUCGUGCGAUCGGUAAAGUUACAAUUCUACACACAGCUCUCUAGUUAAUGUUAGUGCAUCAGUGUACCUCGUAUAAAGCAUUCAUUAUUACAGAGUUUCAAUUUCCAUUAAGUUCGAUAAAAAAAUAUUGUGCUGGGCGACUGCGGACGCCCCUAAACGCGCGCCGAAAAAGUGCAUCCCCUUGAACAUCGGUGUGUGCGUUGCCGUUUCGUUGAAUUCACCCCGCGCCAAAAACGAACACUAAAACGUGUCCUAAUUGAAGACCAAGAUCCGCUGCCUCUCUCGUUGGAGGGGUGCGCUAAAUCAACACAAACACACAAAAUGUGAAAAGAAAGUUACCAUACGGUUUCGUUGCAUCCGCACCGCAGCUGACCGUGCAGAUGCAGCUUCCGUUCAAGUGUUGUGUUGAUCUAUUACCCGUCGGCUACAGCCACGCUCGCACUUCCCUAAUCGGAACACUCACAGCCUAUGUUGUGUUGCACGAUUGAGUCAUAGCAACGCGUCCUUCUUCUGUGCCGCUUCUGUGUGGCAUGGCAAACGGGCUCGUCGAUCAUCAUCAUCAUCCUCGUCAUCAUUACCGCCGUACGUGCUGGAACGGCGGGCGGCAGAACUUUGCACCGAACGCUGAUCGAUAAGGGAAGGAACCGUACCGGAAUUGUGAUUGUGCGCGCACCAUACAUUCGAAAGCAAUAUAAAUACGCACCGCGGAUGGGCCGGCUGAGUGCAGUGCCCGCUGGACAGCAAUCCGCUCGGUAAUCGCGUGAAAGAGUUGUGUGCGCGCGCUUGUUUGGGUGAAAAGUUUGAACUAAAAAAAAUAACAAAAAGGGAAAUAAAACAAAACGCGAUCCGCAUCGUACCGUCGCGACUCACUGACACACUUUUGCGCGCCUGUUUGCCACCACACACGCACACAAAAGCUUUGGCCAUCGUAUAUCCCCACUGGCGCGAGACAACCGGACCGCUGUGGGGCGGUGAGUCAGUCACAGUCCACGCCAACUGCCGCCGAAGAAGAUUCGCUUUUGUGUGCGCUUUCCGCACAGUUUUCUGUGUGCGUACGUGUGUGUGCCUGUGUGUAAAGCAAAGUCACAGAUCAAACGAUUUGCUACGCCGCCUUUUCCUCGGAUAAGCUGCCGGGGAAACUAGAUAAGAGAAAACGGUCCGUGGGAACGAAAGCGGCUCGGCAUUCUAGCAAUUUGAGCGCGGUGAAAAGCGCGCAUUUUCCACCGACCCGCGAUGUUGAUUCGGUGUGGGAAACUGUUCCGGCCGCGCAGUGCUUUGGUGGUGAUUACCGUUCUACUCCUCACGCUACGCCCGGCCAGCGCCGACGGUGGCCUGUUUGACAACUUCAUCUCGCAGCUGAUGACGACGGCCGCUACGGCGCAAAACUUCCUCGAAGAUGCUUACGAUCAGCGACAGGGCCGGGGAACGGAACCACCACCACUGGCGGAGGUGCCUUCCGUCUCGGCAGAACCCCUCUCGCCCGUACUGAUUCCGGUCGGGAGCAUUGAUUUGAGCGAUCACCAACCGGCCAUACCGUCAGCACCACCGACCACGUUUGCCACCGGUACCACUACGAGCACGAGCACGACGACGACGACGACUACGACGACGUCCACAACGCAUGGUACGCGUGCACCGCUGCCGUUUUGGAAUCCGUUCGUUUGGUUGCGCCCCAAGGAGCCAUCCAUACCGUACAAUCCGGAUACCGAUCUCAGCACGCCCGAAAUAGCGGUCCGUCACGGCUAUCAGGCAGAAUCUCACACUCUCAAAACGGCGGACGGCUAUCUGCUGACGCUGCAUCGGCUUCCCUGCGGCCGGAUCGGAUGCACCGCGCAGGGUGGCAAGGGUACGGGUCAGCCCGUAUUUCUGCAGCACGGACUGCUGUCCAGCUCGGCCGACUGGUUGCUGAGCGGGCCGGAAAAGGCGCUAGCGUUCAUACUGGCCGACGCCGGGUACGACGUGUGGUUGGGCAAUGCGCGGGGCAACACUUACUCCCGCAAGCACGUCAGCUUCAGCAGCGACGAGACCGCGUUCUGGGACUUUAGCUGGCACGAGAUGGCCAUGUACGACAUACCGGCCGAGAUUGAUUAUCUGUACAACAUGCGCGCACAAGAGCGGAACGAUACGACGCGCAAUCUGCUGUACGUGGGACACUCGAUGGGCACGACGAUGAUCUUCGCACUGCUGGCAAGCCGCCCGGAGUACAACGAGCGGCUGGAGGCCGUCUUUGCCCUCGCACCGGUUGCGUUUAUGGGUCACGUAAAGAGUCCCAUCCGUCUGCUGGCUCCAUUUUCGCACGAUAUCGAGAUACCGCUAAACUAUUUCGAUAACCUUCGUGUUCCCAAUUGGGUUGAUGGUCUCGCGAAUGACAUUCUCAAACGACUCUCGUUGCGAUUGCUGAUGAUACUGAAAUUCUUCGGCGGCAACGAGUUUAUGCCGCAGAACAAAAUCAUACGCUAUCUCGCCAAGUACGGCUGCGAGCUGACCGAGGCGGAAAAGUACAUCUGCGAGAACACGGUGUUCGUGCUGUGCGGCUUCGACAAGGAGCAGUACAACGCCACCUUGAUGCCGGUCAUCUUUGGCCACACGCCGGCCGGCACCUCGACCAAGACGGUCGUACACUAUGCGCAGGAGAUUCACAACGAGGGCAACUUUCAGCUGUUCGAUUAUGGCGAGAGCGAAAACCAGCGCCGGUACGGCCGUGCGUCACCGCCGGGAUACAAUCUGGAAAACAUAUCCACCCCGAUAGCGCUGUUCUACGCGAACAACGAUUGGCUGGCGGGUCCGAAGGAUGUGGCCAAUCUGUUCAAUCAGCUGCACCGCACCUCGAUCGGUAUGUUCAAGAUACCGAAUGAUAACUUCAACCACGUGGACUUUCUGUGGGGCAACGAUGCGCCGGAGGUUGUCUACAAGCAGCUGCUGAUGCUGAUGCAGCGAUACAAGUAACUUCGCCAACGACAAGCCAUAUCUUGCUACCUUUUUAAAGCUGGAACACGCGAAAGUGAAUUCAAACGAGCGAACCCCUAUGACUGCAUUUUCAUGUUGAAAAUUCUUACUGUUAAGACUUCUAUGAAUUGUAUGUAUGUGUGUGUGUAUGUUGUAUGUAUGUAAAAAAUAAAAAAGGGUAAACAGCUAUCCGAGCAUAAA